GUCGCCUUUCAGAGAAGUCUGUAAGUACUGAUCUCGACAAUAGUAGAUGUGAAGCCUGGAUAGGUUGGCCUUCGUUUUAUCCUGCCAAAGACGUCUCGAUCAUACGACGUGCCGAGGUUGAUCACGAGCACCUAGUUCACGAUUUACAGGAGAUUGAUCCAACGCUUAUUUCAAGCAACUUCUCGGCUUGAGACUCUCAGUUGAAGAUGAGCCAAGCCCAGGAGCAGGAGAACUGGCUGCUGGCUGGCUGGGAACGGUCCAAGUACGACGAUGAGCCUGGUGCCAGCCUCGGUGUCAUUGUGAACAUUGAUCGGGUGGUGGUCGUGACUGGCGUAUCUUCAGGAAUCGGCUAUGCCAUUGCCAAAUCGCUGGUUGAGCACCAGUGCCACGUCUUUGGCAGCGUGAGGAAGGAGGCAGAUGCAAAGCGGCUGCAAGGGGAGUUUGGGGACUUCUUCACGCCGCUGCUCUUUGAUGUGACAGACGAGGCUGCGGUCCACAAGGCAGCAGCAGAUGUCAAGUCCCGCAUGAAGGGCCACACCCUGCUGGGACUGAUCAACAAUGCAGGCAUCCAUGUGGGCCUGGAUGCCACAGCAGAUGUGCCACUGUCUAAGCUGAAGAAACAGCUGGAUGUCAAUCUGGUUGCCCCAGUGGCUGUGAUCCAGGCAUUUCUUCCACUGCUGGGCACUGACCUCACACUGAGGGGCAACCCCGGCAAAAUCUUGAAUAUGUCUUCCAUCUAUGGCACCUACACAUUUCCCUUCUCGAGUGCAUACUCGGCCAGCAAGGCAGGCCUGAAUGCCAUUUCAGAGGGUCUUCGCCGCGAGUUGAAACCGUUCGGCAUUGAUGUUGUCAUCAUUGCACCAGGCCCAAUUGAGACGGAGAUAUGGGGAGAUGUAGUGGAGAAUUCUGAGGGCACUGGCAACACAAAGAGCCCAUUCAACACCUUUUUGGAGAGGGCACAUGCGCUGACACAGACUGAGACAAAGAAGCCCGGCUGGUUCCUGCCAGCCGCAACUGUUGGCGAGAAGGUCUGGAAGGUCCUCAACACAAGCAGCCCAGCAGUGCACUAUGUGAUCACGCCCAACUGGUGGCUCAACUGGUUUGCUCCCACGUUCUUCCCAAAGCAUCUUGUGGACAAGGAGAUCACGCGGCGGUUUGGACUAAACAAGCUGCUCCCAAGAGGCAGUGCUUCGACUGCGAAAGAAGAGUAAACAUGGAAUCGAGCUUGGUCGAGAGUCUUUCAAGUCUUCAGUAUAGGGCACAUACUAUGCGUAGUAUACAUAGUGCAGGCAUGUUUUUAUGUACAGGUAGUCACAUUGCUUGGAGGGUAUAAAAGCAGCUGGCCAAAGUGUUUAGACAGUGCAGUUCACGAAAAGACCAGCCUUGUUCUGUUGCUUUGUACACUAUGGUAACCAGCAUCGAACUAGGCACACUGUGCGUGUGCCACUAUGAAUGCUCAAGGUCUACAAACAGAUCUGGGAGCCAACUUUGGAAAAUUGUUGAAUCAAUGCAAUGAACGUUUUACCUAUUUACUGUAGAGAAUCUGAUACUACGCUAGAUC